GCGGAAAUUAAAUCCUCUAGCUUUUCCAGUCAUAUUCCCCAUGAGCGAAGUGAAACGAGCAGCAAGGUCAAGCCUCGGACCCUGAGGGGGAGAUGACAAAGGAGGAUGUUUCACAGCCUGUCGAGGGGGACACCGUCCUGGGCUGCCACAGCAUACUCUCCUCCCAUCAGCGGCCGGUCAUCCACCAGGUGGCCUCUGCACCCAUGCCCAGCGACUGUGAAUUCUCCUUUUUUGACCCCAGCGAGCCCCAGUGCAGGGACGUUCUUCUGGAUCCCAGCACCAGCAUACCAGAGCUGUUCGCCGUCCUCAGACAGUGGGUCCCCCAGGUCCAGAAGAACAUCGACCUCAUUGGCAAUGAGAUCCUGAAGAGAGGCUGCUGCAUCAACGACCGAGAUGGCCUGACAGAUAUGAGUCUGCUGCACUACUGCUGCAAGGCCGGAGCCCCGGGCAUCGGUGACGCCGAAACAGCAGCCGCUUUCGCCCGCCAGCUCCUCGCCCUGGGUGCGGAUCCUAACCUUCGCUCGCGCUGGACUAACAUGAGGGCCCUGCACUACGCUGCCUACUUCGAUGUGCCCCAGCUCAUCCGGGUGGUGUUGCAGGCCUCCCAGCCCGGAGAGGUAAAUGCAACCUGCAGCGACUUUGACUUCGGCACCGCCCUGCACAUCGCUGCUUCCAACCUGUGCACAUCAGCUGUUAAAUGUCUCCUGGAGUUGGGAGCCAACCCUGCGUUCAGAAAUGAAAAAGGUCAGUGCCCGGCAGACGUGGUGCCCGACCCCCUCGACAUGCCCCUGGAGAUGGCAGACGCAGCCGCCCUGGCCAAAGAGCUCCGCACUCUCCUGAGGGAGGCUCUGCCCCGGCCCAGCUCCCCCCUGCCCCUCACACUGCAAGCCCAGGCCCCUCCUGCUCUCUCCGAUAAGGCCAGGAUACAGCUGGCUACCAUGGGGAUCCGACUAGGUGACCGGGUGGUGAUAGCUGGACAGAAGGUGGGAACCUUGCGAUUCUGCGGCAGCACCGAGUUCUCCGGGGGCCUCUGGGCUGGAGUGGAGCUUGACAAACCAGAGGGGAAGAACGACGGCUCGGUAGCAGGGGUCCAGUAUUUCACCUGUCGAAUAAAACACGGAAUCUUUGCUCCUCUCUCCAAGAUAAGCAAACCUUUGGAAAGACAUAAAACCAGUACUGUAAAGACGUCUACACCCAUACGCCCACCUCGUCGCCUUGACCUGUCUCGCAUCACUUCCAAGAUAAACACAGGCGUCCUCUCCCGCUCCCUCUCCUCUUCGUCUUCCUCGCUGGACUCUCGGCACGGGCCGGGCUCUCGACCGCGUCCGCUGCCAAGGCAACGUCUUCCAGCCAGACAGCGACGGGAGCGCGUCUCUCCAAGUCCCAGGACGACACCCUCUCCAGCCCUGCGCUCCUCUCCUGGCAGCACCUCACUUCCUCCUGCAGGUCCCAGAAGCCGAACCCCCUCAGCUAGCAGCUCUGUGUGCGAGGGCCCUGAGGUGCGCCUGGGGGAGAGGGUGCUGGUCGUAGGCCAGAGGACUGGUGUGGUCCAGUUUUAUGGAAAAACCAGCUUUGCUCCAGGACUCUGGUUAGGCAUCGAGCUGGACAAACCCAGUGGUAAGAAUGAUGGAUCAGUGGGAGGAGUGAGGUACUUCAGCUGCCCACCAAAACAUGGCGUCUUUGCUCCUCCGUCUCGUGUUCAAAGGAUCCAUGGAUCUGUUGAUUGCCUCUCCGAGCUCUCAUCCUCUCGUCUCAGUCACCCUUUCAGCGGGACCAUCCGUCGCAGUUUCAGCACAUCAUCGGCCAUCGCCACCCCGAAGGAGACGAGCAGAAGGAGCCCUGUUGCCAGAAGUCGCUCCAACCCUCACCGUAGGCGCUGGAGCACCCUCAGCGGCGGUAGUGGCAGUGUUCCGGGGAGCACGGCGGGGUCCAGCCCCUCGCCCAGCACUGACGGCCAGGUGCGCCUCCACGUGGGUAUGCAGGUCCUGCUGAGCAGCGCCAAUGAGAUGGCGUUCAUCCGUUACCUGGGCACGGCGGACUUUGCGCCGGGCCUCUGGCUCGGUCUGGAGCUGCGAGGCCCAAAGGGCAAGAACGACGGCUCAGUUGGAGGCCGCCGCUACUUCACCUGCCGGCCCGGCCACGGCGUGCUGGUCCGUCCCAGCCGCGUCACCUACCACGGCAUCAACGGUUCUCGCUUGGUGAAUGAAAACAGUUGAGAAUGGUCUCAAAAAGACUGGGGCGUGUAGGGAGCCUUCCACAACAUAUCUGUUACAUGUUUUGACUUUAUGUUUACAAGUGACACUAAAGCUUAAAAGUUUCAGUUUAAAAGUUUUUCUUUUCAUGCACAUAGUUUGUUCUCUGUACCCCUCCAGAAGUGGUGUGGGUUACAGUGGUAAAACCAGUUAUUAAUAGGUCAAAUUUAAACUGCUAGAUUAGUUCUUGGAAACAAAUGUAGGCGGCUAAGAAAGCACUUUAUUCAAUUAACUUAAAAUUCUCAUUAGAAUUGGUCUUGGCAGGAUGGAGGGAAGAAAAAGUCUUUACAAGACAUAAAACACUGCACUACUUUUAAUCUGAUUGCACUGACAAACAUCAGAAUGAUAGAUCAAAAUAUGGAAAAGUGGAUGGUAUGGAUGUGAAUACAUGAAAAUCUAUUUCUAUACACAAAGCUAAAUUUGGUCACAUUGAGUAGAUUUUUAUCAGAUUAUUUAGGUGACGUAGCCUACUCUAACCAAAAGUGUGCAUAUGUUUGUGUUUGG